CAGGACCGUCGACGCACGGUCAGCUCUGGACAGUGCCGAACCCGGCAGUGGCGCGAUCAGUCGAUCUUCCUUCUCUGUGGUUGGUUUGUUCGGAACAGAUUAGUGAAUAAUACCUACGUUGCGUUUGAGUAGUGCAAACUUAUUAACCGGCAGUGCGUUGCGAAUAGAAAGUGUUGGUGGCAUUUUCCAGUGAUAAGAAACCAUGCCCGAGUAUAAAUACCUCUCCGGAUUUGGAUCGCAUUUCUCCUCGGAGGACACUCGCUGUCCGAAUGCACUUCCGGUAGGGCAAAACUCGCCGCAAAAAUGCGCGUACGGUUUGUACGCUGAACAGCUGUCCGGCAGUGCAUUCACCGCUCCAAGGACCGAAAACGUUCGCAGCUGGUUGUAUCGUGUAAGGCCUUCGGUGAUUCACCAACCGUUCGAGCGCUACGAUGUCGCUCCGUUCCUGCGCGGAAAAUGGGAUGAACAGCACCCCAAUCCGAAUCAAAUGCGGUGGAAUCCGUUCGAUGUGCCAUCGGAUGACGCCAAGGUGGACUUUGUGGCGGGGUUGCACACGGUCUGCGGUGCCGGAGAUGCCCGCAGCCGAAACGGACUGGCCGUGCACGUGUUCUUAUGCAACAGUUCAAUGGAGAAUCAGGCUAUGUAUAACAGCGAUGGAGACUUCCUGAUUGUUCCCCAACAGGGUUCCCUGGACAUAACAACCGAGUUCGGGAAGCUGUACGUUCAACCGAACGAGAUCUGUGUGAUACCGCAGGGUAUACGAUUCAGUGUAGCCGUUGAAGGACCAACUCGAGGAUACAUCUUGGAAGUCUACGACGGGCAUUUCAAGCUUCCAGAUUUGGGGCCAAUCGGGGCAAAUGGACUGGCAAACCCGCGUGAUUUCCUUACUCCAACAGCGUGGUUCGAAGAUCGCGAUGUCCAGGGAUACAAGGUCGUCUCCAAGUAUCAGGGAGCGCUGUUCGUUGCCACUCAAAAUCAUUCACCGUUCGAUGUUGUCGCAUGGCACGGAAACUACGUUCCGUACAAGUACGAUCUGGCCAAGUUCAUGGUGAUCAAUUCGGUUAGUUUCGACCACUGUGAUCCAAGUAUUUUCACGGUGUUGACGUGCCCAAGUAACCGGUACGGAACAGCUAUAGCGGAUUUUGUCGUUUUCCCACCCAGAUGGUCCGUUCAGGAGCACACUUUCAGACCACCGUACUAUCAUCGCAACUGCAUGAGCGAAUUCAUGGGUCUGAUUGUCGGACGCUACGAGGCCAAGGAAGGCGGCUUCCUACCGGGCGGGGCAUCGCUCCACUCGAUGAUGACACCGCACGGACCGGAUAGGAAAUGUUUCGAGGGUGCCUCCAGUGCGGAACUGAAACCGGAACGUAUUGCCGAUGGAACACAGGCCUUCAUGUUCGAGUCCUCGCUGAGUAUGGCCGUCACCAAGUGGGGCGAGGAAACGUGCGAGAAGCUGGACGCCAAGUACUACGAGUGCUGGCAGGCAUUGGAGAAGAAAUUUACGAUUUGAGCGAUUAUGGGACUUGCUAAUUCUUGAUCAGGGAUUUCGGCUUUUUGGAUUGAAAUUCUAUGCUAAGUGACAUUCACGGUAUUGAUUCCUCGAGGACAAAGUCGAAUUUAAUUCUCUGUCUCACUUUCGUUCUGUUAGUGUUGUCUUGAAGCAAAUUUAUAAAAUUUAUCUUUUUUUGCGGUAUCUCUUGAUUCGCUGUUAAUACUUAAGAGUUUAUCACACAUGUUUUUGUGUGUGAAAGAGUUUCUGUUUCAUGGUAGUUUACUUUAAAAUUACAUUGUUCUACGUUAAGAGUACACUCCCGCGUGCAAUUCGUUUAGUUUUUAGUUUGUCGCGUCUCGUUACCAUUUGAACUAUAAUCUCAAGAACGGUUUACUUUUUAAGUAUAAUUUUUAAUCCAUAGCAUUUAGGUAUUCUAAUCUUUCUGUCUUAUAUUUGUCUCAUUUGUUAAGUUCAAUCAACAAUAUGGUGUUAAACAAUAAUCACUCAUUCUGCAUGUUCUGCAAUCUUCCGAUAAAUUUAUUUGAUUAUAUUACACCUAGAGCUAGAUUCUGUGAGAAAAAAUAAAGCCUUGGUUUCGUGCUUA